AUGGAUUCAUCAACCUCCGGGACCUCCAGCGCCCUAGUGCGCAAGAGAACAGACACAGACUUGAUGCCUCCGCCUCCCCCAGCAAAGAAAAUUAAGCGCCCUAAGCAGGUUCUUGACGAAGAUACUUACACAGAAACACUUUCACAAAUCAUCGCCCGCGACUUCUUUCCUGGACUGUUGGAAACUGAGACUCAGCAAGAGUAUCUGGAUGCUCUGGACUCCAAGGAUGCUGCCUGGAUCUCGAGCGCUGGUCGAAGGCUGCAGCAUGUUAUGACUCCUGGGCGCCGAAAUACACCUCUACCAUCGCAGUCAAGAUCGACCCUCCCUGGAGAUCGGACACCUUCAGCAUAUGGUGGAGACACACCUGCCUCGGUCGCCUCAACUGCCAUGGGACCACGGCCACGACUAAACACCAGCAUGAGCCUGUCCAAAUUUCAAGAAACUUACACCAGUGAGGACAACGAGAGCUUCUAUAAACUCGUCGACAAGCAGAAUCAGAAACGUGCCGAAAAGUAUGCCUGGCUCUGGCGCGGCAACAAGCUUCCUUCAAAACAAAUGAUCAAGCAGAAAGAAGUCGAGGACAGAUUGAGUCAAACGCGAAGCCUCACAGAUGACGGCUUCAAGCGGGAUCGUUUAGCCAUCAAGGACAGGGACGACCGUCCAGCACGACCAGACACUUGGGAUGCGAAGCCCAAGAACAACUUGAUGUUUGGACCUGAGGGAGUGGAAGAUGGAGUUGUUACUGUCUCUCAAAAAGCUGAAGAAGCUUCCAGGAUGGCGCCCAAGUCUAUAUCAUACGAGAACACGAGAAUGCCCCAACCUCGAAUUCCGCAGCGGCCACCAUCCCCCACCAUGUCAUCAAUACGGGAUGCCAUCGCAGGCAAGCCUCGUAUAGGAGACCAGGACUCAAGCGCUGUGGGUGGCGGAGAAACACCGCGGGUUAACGGAUACGCCUUUGUUGACGAUGAAGACGAUGAGCCGGAGCCUGCUCCCCCUGUUCCCAUCAUCAAUCUUGGCCCAGGCGAUGCCAGCCCCAACCCUUUUCGGUUACAGGAGCAACGCAAAAGAGAAAGCCUUCACGAGCGGAUGGUGGAUCGAAUAUCGCAAUCGAAGAAGGAAUCUUCGCGGAAUGGCCUCACGGGGAAGGUUGAUAAGACACCCGUGCCCAAGUUUCCCAGUAGCCCGAGGGUCACUGGAGGCCUUACUCCUGCAGCUCAGAGGCUUUGGAGCAAGAUUGGAACUCCUGGGCGCGGCUCCUCCGGGAGCUCAUUCGGACAGUCUAAGCCUAUGACUCCCAGGGGCUCGCUACUAAGGUCAGCGAGCGGAGCCAACUCAAAGCCGAGGCCGAACCCAUGA